GUGAGACGCGUCACGGGAACGCACCUGUGUGUCACGUGGACCGCAUGACCGUGACGUCAUCUGCGGCCAACUUUCACUACAAGUAAAACUCCCGCGACCUGAAGAGAUGGGCUGUUGUUUCUCCUCUCCCGACGGAGACGGCGAGAGAGAACCUUUGAUUCAGUCCAACAAUAAAACACCAACAGAGUCCGCGAGACCACCGCGAGCUAACACGGAUGUCGAUGAGAGGAGAGGAGUUUUUUCUGCUCGUCGUGUGGGUGUUUCUGCUCUGGAUGAGCGCUUCACCGAUGUGGCAGAAACCUUCAACAAGCAGCAGGAACACCACGAAACCAUGAAGAACAAGCUUCAGACUCUUGCGAGCCGCUAUCGCUGUCCAGUAAACGACAGCCUGUCUGAGUGCCUGAGGAAGAUCAGGGAGAGACACGAGCUCUGUCACAUCAGUCUGGAGGUUAAAGGCUACGACUUCAACCUGACGGCGCGCUCCGAAGCCGAGGUCCCCGGCGAGCUGAGGCGGACGCAGGAGAACGUGGCCGAGCUGAGCCGAGCCGCCAAGUCGGUCAUCUCCGCCGGCACCAAACUCCACGAAAUGAUCGACUCGCUCCUGAGAGACGAGGACGGCAUGCGCCGGCAGAUCCAAGACGCCGAGUCCAGACACCAGGAGCAGAAGAGGCUGCUGGACAACCUGCGGGAAAACCUCCGAGAGGCUCGGAGAGCCAAAGAACUGAGCCCCGCGUACAGGAAGGAGGCCGGGAACCUCCUCAACGAGGCUGCGCUGCUGUCGGGGAUCACGCCCUGAGCUCCUCCAGCGAGCUAUGGACGUUUAUUUAGCAGAGCUUUUAUCUCAAGCCAAUUAUAAAGGCAGUCGAGUCUCAGCCGUAUGCGCUACACCUUGCUAGGUAUUUUUUAUUAGAUAAUACAUAAAUAUAUAUAAUACCGAUGUAAUAGAAAAAUACAAAGAAAACAAUGAGUUAUAUAUAAGCUUUAUAUACAAAAAAUGAUAUUAGAAUUGCAUCAUAAUAGACGCACUUUGGUACAUUUUAGUGCAUUUAGCAGACGCUUUUAUUGCAUCGCUUUCGAAAUGUAGUUUUGCGUUGCACUCUUUUAAUUUUUAAAUCAUAGAAUUGGUUUGAGAGCAUGUAGCUGUAACUUAUGUGUUAGUAUUUUAGUCGAAAGUGUACGUUUAUCUGUGAACAUGAUCAAACUUAACAUUUUUGUAACCGUUUCGUAGUUUGCAAACGAACAAUUGUAUCGUUUUCGAAUGACUGCACCUUAAACGUUCGCUAACCUUUUCGUUCAUCGUUUUCUACAUGUUUUUGUAGAUGCUUAAAUGCAAUAAUAAAUACAGGUUAAAUG